AUGGAUGCCACCUCCGAAAGCUGCCAGGGCCAUCAGAAGGAGAUCCAUGGGUGCAACCUGGGCCGCUGCGACGACGGCGUGGCCGUGGCAGACUGCGUCUGGUCGGAGUGGUCGAAAUGGGAGGAAUGUGGCUGCGACGGUGUCCAAAGACGGCACCGCGAGAUCGUUGCCGCCAACAGGAAUGGCGGCGCUGCAUGCGCAGGGCCGCAGAAGCAGCUGCGUCCCUGCAAUGGUCCCUGCGGAAGGCAGGGUGGCGCGGAGGAUUGUAAGAUGACGCCCUGGGAACCCUGGUCUGACUGUACGAAGACUUGUGCAGGAGGCCAGCAGUACCGAACGCGGGUGAUCAUCCG